AUGAAUUUGGCACAUGUUGUUAGAGAGGAGGCUCCCAAAACAAAUGAAAAUCCAAUGUCUAAGGAGACAAUGAUGACCAUUGAGGCUCGGAAACAAUCUGAUUUCCUGUGCGAAAACUACAUCCGUAAUAGGCUUGAUGAUACUCUGUAUGACAUUUAUUCGUCAUACAAUUCUGCAAAGGAAGUUUGGGAAUUACUUGAGAAAAAUUACAAAACGGAAAAAGAUGGGGCCAAAAAGUUCGUAAUUGGAAAAUUUCACAAGUAUGCCAUGGUUGAUUCGAAGAUUGUUAUUAAACAGGUUGAGGAACUUCAAAUUCCGAUCCAUGAAUUGCUUACAAAGGGGUGUUUUAUUAAUGAACACUUCCAACUUGGAGCAAUCAUAGAAAAACUGACUCCAUCAUGGAAAGACUUCAAAAUUUACUUGAAGCACAAGCGUAGAGAGAUGUCUAUGAAGGAUUUGAUUUUGAGGCUUCGAGUUGAGGAGGAUCACAGGAAAGGUGACAAGGGUGAAGUUCCUGUCAUGGAAGCCAAAGCUAAUGUCAUUGAGACAUCAAAGCCAAAAUUCCAGAAAAACAAAGGCAAGAAAGCUGCAAAGAAUUAUGCCAAUCCUCAUGCACCAAAAGGCAAGGAUUUCAAGAAAAUCAAAGGUGUUUACUGGGUAUGUGGAAAGUCAAGGCAUAAAGAACAAGAUUGCCGCCACUGA